UAUUAGUACAUUGUGUAAGACAUGAAGCCUGCAAUGAACUAUGGCUGUCUCCUUUGUAUACUGGUGCUCUUGCCAGCACUUUGUCACUCUCAAGAUUCAUUUACACCCUCGAGAGCUACUUACUAUGGCAGUCCUGACUGUUAUGGAACUCCGACUGGAGCUUGUGGCUACGGGGAGUACGGAAGGACCGUGAAUGAUGGCUCCGUGACUGGAGUUUCGAGGCUAUACAGAAAUGGAUCUGGAUGCGGUGCUUGCUAUCAGGUGAGGUGCACGAAACCGCAGUGCACGGGCGAAGGAGCGUACGUUGUGGCGACGGACUAUGGAGAAGGAGACAGGACGGACUUCAUCCUGAGCCCUAGAGCUUAUGCAAAGAUGGCUCAGCCAGACGAGUACCAAACCAAGCAGCUGUUUGCCUAUGGCGUGGUUGAGGUCGAAUUCAGAAGGGUUCCAUGCCGAUACUCUGGCUACAACCUCGUGUUCAAGGUCCAUGAACAGAGCAAGUACCCUCAUUACUUAGCUAUCGUCAUGCUAUACGUCGGCGGCACAUAUGACAUCACGGCUGUGGAGUAUUGGCAGGAGGAUUGCCAGGAGUGGAAGCCGAUGCGCAGGGUGUAUGGAGCAGUGUUCGACACGCAGAGCCCGCCGAGCGGCGAUGUGAACCUGAGGUUCCAAGUGAGCUGGAGCAACGGGGCGACUUGGGUGCAACCAAAGUAUCCCCUCCCUAGAGAUUGGAAAGCUGGUGCUACUUAUGACUCCCAAAUCCAGCUAGACUAGAAGAAGCUAGGCCAGUCCCUUCCUUCUGAGGAUUGGGAAAGUGCUUGCCUUUUUCAUUAUUGCUAGGUAGGAAUAGCUUUACUGCUGCUGAUAUAAACAGGCUUAUCUAAGCUAGAUGAGGCUCUCUGCCUGCCUCAGCUAAAUAAAGGAGGUCUCUGUACCAUUCAUCAAUGGGCUAUGGGUUUGUUCUCACUUCUUUGAUUACAUAAGUGCAUCAAUAAAGUUGCAAUGUUUUCUGUUAGGCACAA